AUGGGUAAAUGGAAACGCACGAACAUGUUUGGUGAGGAGUUCGAUACUGGGUCCAACAACAGUAACUCAUCAUCUUCGGAUGACGAACUCCCUCCAUAUGAUUAUAUGGCAGAUAUCACUCCGACUCGAGCUGCUUCGACUUCGGUGACAUGGGAGCCAGAACCUAUUGGCAUUCCGACCACAAGUUACUGUGGCAAACCAGCUGUGCUUAAGACUCAAAUAAUUGGGUUGUUGACUGGGCAAAAAUUCUACUCUUGUUCUGGUGAUAUUCGUGAUGGAGAUUGUCACAUUUACAAGCAGUUGAGUGAUGCAUUCUUGGAGGAGAUUACUUUAACCAAAACCAAAUACGGAGAAAUAGAAGAUCGCCUAGUUCAAAUGCUCGGCCAAAUUGAUGAAAAGAAGAAGAAGUUUGAGGAGAAGGUCAACUUUUGCAAGGAACAUAAUGAAAAAUUCCUUGAAAGCAUUCAAAAGGAAGUCAAUAACCUAAACCAAAAAUAUGGCGCACUACCUUCGUGCAAAGAUAGAAUAUUUGGGGACGGUGUUGGAGAGUUGAAGUGA